AUGGGUCACGACGCUGCGUUCACAGAAGAGUCGCAUAUCCUUCGUGGGCAUCGACAAGAUAGAAUCAGCGUCCAGAGGGAAGGAAGAGAGGGGAUGGAUUGGAAGAAGAGGGAAGAAAUUGAAAUUGUAGCAGUGGAGGGAAUGAUUUUUGAAUUUGGACUGUUCACUAGACGAGGAACUAUGAUCAAGGUGAAGACACUCACAGGAAAAGAAAUUGAAAUCAAUAUUGAUCCUACUGAUACUAUUGAACGUAUCAAGGAGCGGGUUGAGGAGAAAGAAGGAAUUCCUCCAGUCCAACAAAGGCCCAUUUAUGCUGGUAAGCAGCUUGCAGAUGACAAAACUACUAAAGAUUACAACAUUGAGGGUGGCUCUGUUCUUCACCUGGUUUAUCUCAGGGGUGGCGGUCUUUAG